AUGCUGUAUUACGUUUGGUUUUCAGUGCAUUAUCUCAAAAUUGUUGUGGUGAGUGGGUGUGAUUCAGGCACAUGUGAGGGCUGUGGGGGGCCGCGGGGAGGGGGCGGGGGGGCGGGGGACUGUGGGACCUGCCAGGGGGGGAACCGCCGCCCCCCUCCCCCCUCCUCCCCCCACCCCGCCCCGCCCCCCCUCAACGGCCACCUGCUGCCCCCGCCGCCCCCCUCGCAAGUCGUCAAGGUGGUGGUUCUGGGCGCCCCCGGAGUGGGCAAGACUUCGAUUAUUAAGCAAUUUGUCCAUAACGAGUUCCCGGAGGCCCACCAGCCCACCACUACCCGGGUUAACAACUGGUCCAACGUGCUGGUCAACGAGAGGGUGUAUCAACUGUGCAUCGCUGACAUCCCGCCGAUAAGAGCGUUCCCACAAAACUCGUUCUCGGAGUGGGCGGACUACCGCUUCUACGGGCUGCGGUCGGCCAUGGCGUACGUGUUCGUGUUCGACCUCACCUGCUACGAGUCCUUCACGCACAUCAAGGCGCUGCGGGACCAGGUGUACGAGUCCCGGGACAUGCGCGAGGUGGGCGUGGUGGUGGUGGGCAACAAGCGGGACCUGCUAGAGGCGUCCGAGCCGCGCGAGAAGCGGGAGCUGCUGCGGGAGAUGCGGGAGGUGCCGGCCACCGUCAGGAAGCAGUGGAAGGCCGCCUACGUGGAGGUGUCGGCCAAGUGUAACUGGCACGUGGUGGCCGCCUUCAGGGAGCUGCUGCUGGCGGUGGAGGACGCGCACUCCCACGCCCACGCGCGCCCGCACAACCUGCACGAGCUGCACGAAGUGAUUGAACACUCCAAGUGCACCAUAUUGUGAGGGGCGGCCCGGGCGUGCGCCGCGCCGCGCAGCCAUGCACGGCCGCCGCAGCCUGCCAGGACGCCUCUGGACGGCAGAGCAAUAGCCUAACACUGACGGCCCCUCCCGUCCCUCCCGACGCCCCGGGGGGAGCUGUCACCCCAUGAAACGCACAAGUUAGUCUCAGUGAGGGCGGCGGGGCGGCGGUGCCACACGGCGGCGCGGCGCCCCCCGCCCGCCGCCGCCGCGGCUGCCGGGCCCCCGUGUGGUGGCAGUGGGGGCGCCGUGGCCGGCCCGGUACUGAUGCCUGUGAAUCGCAAGACGAACUACAGUAAUACUAGAGGCUGUUAUGUAGGUGUACGGACCCUAGUUAAGUUGGCUCGCUGGCCAGUCCCGAGAAGCGAGUGUACAAAGCCAGACACGUUCCCUGUACAAAGCGACAUAACCCACAAAGUGGCUGUUUCCCGCGUUAUUGUUAAGUACUUUUUUUCAAACCACGACUCCGGCAAACACUACACAGCACGACGCGCGGCUGGCGGUGCCGGGCACGCCGGGCACGCGCCGCACGGGCGGCGGCCUCGCGGGGCGGUGACGGCGCCGCGCGUCUGUCCGCCCCUGCCGCCGCGACCUUCACGUCACGCCUCGCCCACUGACGCGUCCCUCACCACGCACGCCUCCGAUCACCUGUCUCAAAAGUGUCCCCAAAAAGUAAACAUUCUACCAUUCGACGUUCGGUCUCCAUGGAUCAGCUUAGGGGUUUUCGUUCCUUAGACAGCGGCUCAUAACUGCUUUGAUUUACGAUCCGGUAGAUAGAUGUAACCGUUAUCAUUCUUAGUGGAGCAUAGGACUAACAGUGUCUAGCCUAGCAGUCCAGUUAGUGCAAAUCAGGUAAUUAAUGUGCAGGUGAGUAGUGAACGUAAGUAACGAGGGGAGCAUCGAGGUCACGAGAAACUUUAUACAUGUUACACAAAAAACAUAAAAAAACUAAAAAAAAAAAAAAAAAAAAGGAAGUCACCAGUGUGUAGUAAGCAGGCAACACACGGGACGGCGCGGCCCUACCCUGGAACACAACCGUGACGAAAUGAACAACAACAACAACGACGGCGAACAACAACAACAACAAUAACGACACGAGUGGAGCAACACAGCAAGCACAACACGACACAACACAAUGAACGGGUCCCCUGCAGUAGAUAAGAACCCUCCUCCUCCUCCUCCUCCUCCCCCUUACGAAACCGAAUCGAAAGCACUGUUGUUGAUGUUUAAAACUCAUAAAUAAAUAAAAAAAAAAACCCAAGCAGCUUUCGGCAGGUAACAUAAAACUAAUUCCUUUCACUUAUUAAUAAAAACCGAAACACUUAGACAAACAGACAGACAGACAGACAGACAGACAGACACUUGUGACUCUCAAAGACGGGUUAUUGAGGGGUUUAAAUAGGUUACUGGGUCAAUAUUAUGAGUUACACACACACACACACACACACACACACACACACACACACACACACACACCUGACGGGGUUUACCUGCGUAGCCUAGAGUUGCCGGUAUCAGCUUCGCUUUGCCCGGUUUUCCCUCUUGAUGCUCUCCGGACACUAGAGGCAACCUGAUGAGGGGAUGAUGAAGUGCGAGAAGGGGCGAGAAAGGGGGCGAGAGGGGCGGAAAAGGGAGUGGUAGUACCGUAGAGUUUUAAUUUCUUUCAUUUUCUUUACUCCUGAUCGGCCCAAGUCAUUGUUUCUAAAUACUUAACACGUGUAAACCAAACUAUUAAUAAACCAUCGGAGAACAUAAGUCUAGGAAGGGUUAGUAUUGUUAAAGGCGGAUAAUAGAGGUAUAAAACAAUAAGAUAUAUGAUUAGAAGUAUCAAAAAGGGGGGUUGAAUACACAUAACCCAUAAUCCAAGUCGCUGAACCAGUGUCUAACGUGUAUGAGCCAAGUUAAUAAUGAAACAUCGAUGAAUAUUGGUUUGGGAAGGGUUGUAAUUGUAAACAGCAGGUAGGGGAGGUAUGAAAUGAUGAGAUAUGAUUUAGGAGUGUUAAAAAAAUGUUUGAAUCUACAGAAAUCAUAUCCCAAGCAACUGAUCCUAAGUAUUUAACGUGUAUAAAUCAUAUUUGGGAAGGGUUAUAAUUGUUGAACGCAGAUAAAGGAGGUAUAGAAUAAUAAGAGGAUUGAUUUGAAGUUUAAAAGGUGUUUGAAUCUCCAGAAAUCAUAACCCAAGUAACUGAUCCUAAGUAUUUAACGUGUAUAAAUCAUAUUUGGGAAGGGUUAUAAUUGUUGAACGCAGAUAAGGAAGGUAUAGAAUAAUAAGAGAAUUGAGUAGAAGUGAUAGAAGGGGUUUGAAUCUCCAGAAAUCAUGAUCCAAGUUGCUGAUCCUAAAUAUUUAACGUGUAUAAACUAAAUUUGGGAAGGGUUAUAAUUGUUGAACGCAGAUAAAGGAGGUAUAGAAUAAUAAGAGAAUUGAUUAGAAGUGUUAUAAAGUGUUUGAAUCUCCAGAAAUCAUGAUCCAAGUUGCUGAUCUCAAAUAUUCAACGCUUAUAAGCCUAUGUGGGAAGGGUCAUAAUAGUUGAACGCAGAUAAAGGAGGUAUAGAAAAAUAAAAGAAUUGAUUAGAUAUGUUGAAUGGGGUUUGAAUCUCCAGAAACCAUGAUCCAAGUUGCUGAUCCUAAAUAUUCAGCACUUAUAAGCCUAUGUGGGAAGGGUCAUAAUAGUUGAACGCAGAUAAAGGAGGUAUAGAAAAAAAAAAUGAUUAGACAUGUUGAAUGGGGUUUGAAUCUCCAGAAAUCAUGAUCCAAGUUGCUGUUUCUAAAUAUUUCGCUUAUAAAACUAUUGGAAGGGGUUGAUUAAUACCACUGAACGUAAAUGUGGGAAAACAACAGGUGUAAGAGUCCCCUUUCUCACACCUGCGUUCGUGCCCACCUGCCCACUCUUGCCCACUCGCUAUCCUCUCAAUCCUCUACUCGCCCCUGCUCGCCACCGCUCGCCACCUCAUGGAAAGGGGAGGAAAGGACUCUCGUUACCUUCCCUUGUCCUCCCCUUUUCGCUGGGUUGUCUCCUCUACGCCUCCUCAGCUUCUUCCCCUCUCGUUGUUCCCUCUUCCUCCUCCUCUUGUUGCUGCUGAUGGUGAUGAUGAUGAUGCUCUCUUGCCUUUUGUUCCCCUUGGCACACACACACACACACACACACACACACACACACACACACACACACACAGGGCGGCAUUUCCAGAGGCAUGUAUACAUAUUCAAUAAAGCAAGCACACGCACACACACACACACACACACGGUGCUUACAUAAAACUAUACGUAGAUUAAAUAAAUACAUGCAACCAUAAUGCAGGCACGCACGCACGCACGCACGCAAUCUCAGGCAGAACACACACACACACACACACACACACACACACACACACACACACCGUCCAUUCCCUAUCUCCCUUUCAUAACAUAUUCAAAUCAUAUCGCUAAUCCCGCCAUCGUAUCUUGCUCUCCGUCAAUUGAAUCCCUCAGCUACGUUACGUCAUUGUGGGUGGGUGGGAGGGAGGAUGGGGAGGGGCGGGGAGAUGGGUGGGACUGGGCGGGGUCGGGUAUAACGGCUUGUAACGCUAUUUCCCGAGACACAAGCAACACACACAUGCAGUAAGGGCGUGUAAACCUAAAAAAGACACAUUUACUUCCCACGUCAACUAUUUCUAUAGGUCAAAGAGGGGGUCAAUCGGGUUAUAAUGAGUGUUUCUUUAGGUCCACAGUACAGAGGAAGGGUCAGACUACCACCAGGGUCAUAAAACUACCCCGGGAAAUGCCCACAACUCCUACGAAAGCCUUGCCAAAUAUGUGCACUUGGGCGACGAAAUGUUUUAAAAUACGACCCACUAGUGUUUGUUAGGUGGCGUUGUGCCCGUGCGUCGUGGGACAAAGAAUAUGACUUAAUAAUGAUGAUAGUAAUAACGAUAACCGAGGCAGUGUUUGUUUAUACCGUGCGAUGUUACUACACUUUAUAGUUAACACAAAAACAAGCUUUGGUGUUCUGGGUUAUGCAAUAAACGCCUAUACCAUCCGCCUCUCUCUUUGUAUUUGACCCAAGUAUACACACACACACACACACACACACACACACACACACACACACACACACACACACACACAUUAUUUUAUUUAUUCAUGUUGUUUAAUUAAGCCUGUAAUAAUAAUAAUAAUAAUAAUAAAUCGAACCUAACGUAUAACAAUGUACUAAUAAAUAUGAUCGACGUGUGUUGAUGAUUACAUUGCCUAUACAUGUUAAUAAAAUUGUAUAAAAAUAUUAAAACAUAGUUGAUA